UUUCAGGUGGAGUAUGAGAAGAAGAAGAAGUCGGAGGGGAAGAUGGUGAGAGCCGAGCGACAGGUGGUGUUAGACAUGCUCUUCUCCGCCUUUGAGAAGCACCAGUAUUACAACAUUAAGGACCUAGUGGACAUCACCAGACAACCUGUGACUUACCUCAAAGAAAUCAUGAGGGAAAUCGGGACGUACAACAGCAAGGGAACUCACAAAAGCACAUGGGAACUGAAGCCAGAAUACCGUCACUAUCAUUCUGCUGAGGAAGAGGAGAGGGAGAGUGCCUAGCUUCAUCCAGAUCCUCUGCUCCACAUGACACGUGAGCUUUACAGCUGGAGUGUAACAUUGUUAUUGCUCUCAAUGAGUGUAUUCUGUUUUGUUUUUUUGUGGCUGAAUGUGCAGCUACAUGCCCAGAGUCAACCAUCUUUAGUUCAAAUAUUCUAAAUUCUGUCCUUGUUGAACUUUGUGUUUUACAAAUAUCGUUAAAUCCGAAAGCCCCACUCGCCUUUUAUUUCACGGAACUGUUUAAUUUGAGCAUGAGAGGCUUUGUUUUGUUCAGUUUUUUUUUACCAGCGCAAACAUCUUGUUGUGUCACAGCAGAGAAAGUACAAGUGGAGUCAACGACAACAACAGUGACUCAUUUCCAGCUCUGUAUGAUGUUGUUACGAGAUGCCUCUGUGCAUGACUGUCGAGUUCCAAGAAAAUAAAACACAGUAGACGUG